GUCACUAAACAAAAGUUACGCCCGCAGCAUUGGAAAAGGACGCGUCGAAUUUGAAUCUUGCUAAAUUCAGUACAAAAUUUUGGCCGAAUGUGAUGGCUUGGUUCUAAUAAGGAGAAUAUUAAGCUCAUUUUAACUAUCCACGUUCCUGAGCACAGCGUGAACCUCUGACUGUAUAAUAUCUUCAGGGCAGUGCCUACUAGACGAGCGAACAUAUUUUUUUCUUCAGCCAUCUAAUUUCUACACACAUCAUGCCUGUCAAUUUGAAAAGAAAUGGAGGUGUUGCAGCCCAGAUUCGGGAGGACAAAUUGCCGAUGAUCACCAGGGCCAAGAGGAAAUCCAACGAAGUGGGUGGAAUUCAGGGACCGAGCAAGAAGAGGGCAGCAUUUGGUGACAUCACAAAUGCCUUCACCAGUAAAAAUGUUUUGGGGCAGCCCAAGAAAGGGUUAGCCAAGAAGCCCCCUCUGAAGUCCUCCAUUCCGAUCAAGGUGGUGUCAAAGGUCAAGGUGAAUGCUCCCAAAGACCCGAGGGUACCCCCAGCAGAGACGCAGAAAGCUGUGACAGCCAUCUUGCCAGACAGCAAACCCAGCACAAGCUCCAAGGAGGCAGGCUUUGUGGAGUCCAUGAACAAGAGGAAUCUGGUCGUCGAAUCACCCAGCGUUGAGAUCAAAGAUGCAGUUGCAGCCAUCUCACUAGAGUGCAAUGCAGUAGAGGAAGAUCAAGCCAGGGUGAAGGAAGAGGAGGAGAUCGAAAAGUACACAGACAUUGACGCAGAGAACUUUGGAGACCCCAACUUAGCCCCAACAUAUGCUGCAGGUAUUUUCAGAUACCUCAAAGAGAAGGAGGAAUCCAGCAAGAUCGAUGACUACUUUGACAUGCAGAAGGACAUCACCCGUCACAUGAGGUCCGUCCUGGUCGACUGGCUGGUGGAGGUGCAGGAGAACUUUGAGCUGAAUCACGAGACGCUCUACCUGGCCGUCAAGCUCACGGACAUGUACCUCGCAAAGUGCAAGAUUGCCAAGGACCUGCUGCAGCUCCUCGGCGCGACGUCGCUCUUCAUCGCCUGCAAAUUUGACGAGCGUAUACCUCCAGCCCUAGACGACUUCCUGUACAUCUGCGAUGACGCCUACUCUAGGAAUCAGUUCACAGACAUGGAGAGGAAGGUGCUGAAGAUGGUCAACUUUGCUCUCGGUGUCCCUCUCUCGUACCGUUUCCUCAGGAGAUACGCAAAGUGUGCCCAUGCCACUCUGGAAACCCUGACCCUGGCCAGGUUCAUCCUAGAGCUCUCGCUGAUGGAGAGUUCGUUCAUCACCGUAGCAGACUCACUCAUCGCUGCCUCGGCUCUCCUGCUGGCAUUCAGAAUGAAGAACAAUGGCACAUGGGAUGUCACACUAAGACACUACUCAGGCUACGUAGAGGAGGACUUGAAGCAGUGCAUGAACCAGCUCAACUCAAUGCUGAACAGCCCACCAAACAAACAACUUGCCACCGUCCGUAACAAAUACUCUCACCCGCUGUUCUACGAGGUUGCCAAGAUCCCCUGCAUCGAUCCAUUGGAGCUAUGAUGCACUGUGUAAAUCAACAUCAACAUCAUCAUCAUCAUCAUCUAUCAUGAAAUAUCACCAUCAUCAUCAUUAUCAAGAAGGCCAUUCAUCUGCCAUGGGAAUGUCUGGCCACGACCUCUAUCAGGCAGUGAUCGUUACUGACCAACAUGCAGCGGUCAUUUGACAUGUGUGUCAAAUUAUGCCUGUGUAGCUGUUCAGCAUGGUUCUGUAGGGCUCCACACAAGCCUUUUCAAAGGGGGUCUUGAUUUAACCGUUGAGGAUUUCUGGGGGUAUUUCACAAAGAUCAUAAGUUGAACCUAUCUCUAAGUUGGACUUAACAAUUAUGGAAAGCCGUUAGC